AAUUUGUUGGCUGCUCACCUUCCCUCUCUGGCGCUAUACGGGUGAACCCUUGGAGCAUAGACAGCGUGGCGGAUGGCAUCUACUCAGCGCUCACUAUGCCCCUGGAAGACCAGCAGUUCCGGCACGACAAGCAUUGGCGUUACGUAUCGCAGCACACUGUGGCCUUCUGGGCGCAGUCGUACACGACGGAGUUGGAGAGGAUCACGCAGGGCCACCACACCAUGAAGUGCUACAAGCUGGGGCUUGGGCUGAACACGUUCCGGAUGGUUGCACUGGACAAAAACUUUAGGAAACUUGAUCCCUCCCAGCUGUUGGGGGCCUACAACAAAUCAAGUCGCCGUGUACUCCUUCUGGACUACGAUGGGACUCUCAUUCCACCAAACUGCCUGAAGCCCAACCCUCCCAGCAAAGUGCUGGCAGUCUUGAAUGCACUGUGUAGCGACAAGAAAAACUUGGUAUACAUGAUCAGUGGGCGAGCAAAGAAAGAUCUGGCCGAGUGGUUUGGUUCUGUGGAUAAUCUGGGCUUGGCUGCAGAGCACGGCUUCUUCUUCAAGAAGAUAGGUUCCGACAAAUGGGAAGCUGCGCAUGGUACAGACGACUUCAGCUGGAAGCAGUUGGCAUCAGAAACAAUCAAGCAUUACACAGAAUCAACCGAUGGUACCACACUUGAGGAAAAGCAGAGUGCACUUGUGUGGCAUUAUCGGGAUGCAGAUCCAGACUUUGGAAAUUGGCAGGCCAAGGAGCUAAUGGAUCACCUGGAGGAGAUACUGAGCAGCGAACCUGUGGAGGUUGUGAGCGGGCACUUCAUUGUGGAGAUCAAGCCGCAGGGCGUCAGUAAGGGGCAGAUGGUGGAGCGUGUGUUGACCGAGGCCACCACAAAGGGGAGCCCGCCAGACCUCGUGCUGUGCAUCGGGGAUGAUCGUUCAGAUGAGGACAUGUUCACAGCCCUGGAACAGGUCGCUUUUUCGCCACACAUGCCAGCAGAGGUGUUCGCAUGUACAGUCGGACAAAAGCCCAGCAAAGCCCAAUUUUAUGUGGACGACACUGUGGACGUUGUGGCCAUGCUGGAGAAGCUGGUCAGCCUUCCAUGA